UUUUUUUUGUAUUUUGACCCUUUCUUUCUCUUCUUUCUUUCUUUUCUUUUUGCUCAUACAAUAAUGGCUUUUGGGUUCUUUUCAGAGACGUUUAGUGACCAAGGAACCAUGGACGACGGAACUUGGCAGUUCUGUGGUCUUGAUAGAAUGCAACGUCUUUAUGCUUUUGGUGCCUGUUUCGUCAUUGGUUUUAUUCUUUCGCUUGUGUCGUCUCUUAUUCUUAUAGGUGGUAAUGUGGCUGGCUUUGCGAUUCUUUACAGUAUUGGAAACCUUGUUUCUAUUUUCAGUUUGACUUUUAUUAUUGGUAUUAUGAAGCAAGUGAAAACAAUGUUUGCACCUGUACGAUUCUGGGCAACUACUGUAUACUUGUCAUUACUUGUAGUCACUUUGGUCCUCUCUAUUUUGUUACACAACUUUAUCUUGUCCCUGAUUCUAGUCAUUGUUCAGUUCGCUGCCUUGGUGUGGUACUCCGCAAGCUAUAUUCCUUAUGGCCGUGAAAUCAUUCGACGAUUCUUUGGCAGUUGUGUUACAUCUAUCUAAGCAUUUGAAAGCUACCAUAGUAUAGUGCCUUUUUUUUGAUCUUUAUCCUUUUUGUAUUAUUGUUUUAUUUUUAGUUUUCUCAUUAUUUUAUACUCUCUCUUUUUCUUUCUCUUGUUAUCCCCAUCCUUCAAAAUAAUAUAUUGUUCAUGUUGAUUACUUUAUAUAUAUAAAUAAAACUUUUUUUCUGAUAUCA